UUUAGCUCAACACGUGUGGGACACAUAAACAACGUCGGAUUAGUUAUUUAGCUUGCAUGUAAUAAACUACAGGUUAAAGAUGCCGAAAUCAAAGAAAAAGAAAAACCAAGACUUUCAAAAAGUGAAGCUGAAGGUGGGACGAAAGCUUCAAAAGGCGGAUAAUGUGACCAAUGCUAGCUUUAAAACCAGGUCUGUCCAAGUGGUACAGCACAUCAAAACAGGGACAGGGUCCGAGCCCACUACUCGAAGGAACCUUAACAUUGUGGAUUUGCUGAACCAGUGUCAACAUUAUAGUACAUCUGUCCGACUGGAUGCUGUCAAUGGCCUAAAAGAGCUUUUGUCUGCUUUCCCUGAAAUCCUGGAGCAGCGACUUUCUCAAGUCAUAGAUCGCAUCUCUCAGUUAAUGGUAGAUAAGGACCCAGCCAUCAGAUCUGCAUUAAUCAAACUUUUUAAACUUAUCGCUCCUUUAGUGGACAUUUACAAAAUGCGACCAUUUUUUCCUGUUGUUAGUGCACAUGUGUGCUGUGCAAUGACUCACAUUUAUGAAGACAUUCAAAGUGAUUCCUUACAAAUUCUAGACAUUUUCUUGGAACAUUAUCCAUCUCUUAUUGUGGACAGAUCAAGUCAAAUCAUUCCAAAUUUUAUUGAACAAAUUUCACACCAAAAUAAUAGUAAAAAGUCCAGUGCUGGAAAUAGAUCCCUCAGUAUUAAACCAGAUGGAAAGAUCCAGGCUCAUAAGUGGAGGAGCCAAGUUCUCUCCAGACUAAGCAAGCUACUGUCAACAUUGGUAGAGAGUUCAGGACCUCUGGCGUAUGAGUCAAAACUAGAAGGAAGAGAUCAAGCACUGAAGGUGAUGUGGCAAGAGGAAGAAGAGGUCUCUUGUACUCCCAUUCCGACACAAUUCAAGAAAACAUGGACUUCCCCAGGAUAUAGAGUCGUCACAAUGAAAAAUGUCCUGACAAAGGAGAUAGAAGAGAGAGGCUAUAAUCUGAGGGAACCGAGCGGUGUGCUUCGCCUACUGGAGACAAUACUCCCUGUGCUACUAGAGUGCUGGGUAGAGGCAACAUCAUCACAACACAGCCAUAUGGAUGGGCAUCUGUUGUCUUUAGAAGCCUGUUCACUGCGACACAGUGUGGUGAAAACAAUCCAAAUAUUGUGGCAUUACUCAGAACAAGUCAUACAGGUGGGUUGGCAAAGCAGCCUUGCUCAUUUCUUGCCUGAUUUCCAGCAACAUUUCUUGAAGUUCUUUCCCUAUGCUCCUCAUUCUGAAAACAGUCUAAAAAACAAGAAGACAAGGCCAGAUACAGAACAGUGCACUGUCCAUUCUUUGAACAUCACUGUCUGUGACAUCAUGUCGUUCUUCUUGUCAACCAAUCAGAAGACAGAAUACAACAGUAGUCUAUGUCUCACCAUUACACAGUACCUGCUGAACUACUUACAAGAGGAGAGUUAUGAUUCAUCAUAUACCUCACCAAUCCUACAGGUCAUAGAAAGGCUCAUGGCCAGCAAAUGCCAGAACAACGAAGGUGUCCAGCAGCUAUUGUCUGUGCUUGUGUCUCGCUUCACAUGGAUUCAUGACCUGUCUAAGGAGAAAAAACUGCUGUUACAAUUCUUCUCCCGGGUUGUUACAGAAAAUGAGGAAAUGUUCAUCAGAGAGGAUACAAAGCGUGCCUUCUUGGAAUUGUUGCCUGCAUUGUUCAGAUCCUGUGUGAGGAAUCCAGUGAUGUCUGGUCAAAUCAUGGAGGUUCUAAGGAACCUCGCCUGUAGAACAACCAAUACAAACAGCACAGAAGUUUCUGUGUUUGUUUAUUCUGUGUUAGAGAUGGAUAUGGCUGAUCUCAUUUGCUUGGAUAACAAAAUCUUAAGGAGGGUAAUAGAACUGUUCUACCAUGUUCCGACACUAAGGGAGGGAGAUUACAGAAAACUUGCGGACCUGGUACGAAACAAUCGGCUACCUAUAGAGUCCUGCAAGUACCUACUACAGGUGAUGCAACACAGAUACAACAAGUAUCCUUUGACCAUAGAAGAGCAGGGAUUGUAUGUACAGUUUUUGUUCAGAUCUGCAUUUGAUGCUGUUGAAUGCCCCUUACAUCAUGUAGCAGUAGAUAGGAAUUUAUUCAAUCAAAUGGUGGCCAUUACAGAGACAGUGGCAAACCAAUUGCUGAUGUUUCCAAACACAGAACAGAUAGUAGAGCUCUUGUGCUGUUUCCUUAGGAGAACAAUGGAAAAGAAUACUGAAGUGGCAGAGUCAAUUUACCUUAUAACAAGCUUUUUAACAAUUGGAAUAAGAAUGAAGACGUGGAUUUACCCAGUCAGCAUCCCUUUUACAGAAGACAUAUUUAAGUUGUUAUGGAAUUUUUUACUGGUUAUUACUAACAAUGAUAAAAGAUCAUCUAUAAAUACCCUUAUUUUGGAGGAUAUAACUGACAGAUGUAGAUCAUUUAUCUUUGGAGGGGAGACAGUUAUGCAGAUGUUCUUGAGGGAAAUAUUACAGGAACUUAAAGAAUGUGAUAAUAGAGAGCAAGUUCACUCAGUGCAGCAAGCAGCCAUCUUGAUUUUAGAACACAGUCUUCCUUGGCCAGAUCUCUCCCAAACCAUAGAAAGUCAAACAGUGUUUGAUGAUUUAGAGAAAAUAAAUGGUGUUGCCGGACAAACAGGAUGGAAGAAAUUGAAAACAUUGUUUAGAGAAAUAAAUAAAGAUUGUUAAAUGAAUUUUGUUCCAAUUGUGAAACUUCUUGUUAAAAGUGUUAUUUUAUGUUUAUAUGUACAUGUGUACUUGCAUGUUACACCUACUGAUACUAAAAGCUUUAAGGAAGGAGUCUUUUCUGGUUUUCGACUUAUCAAACGUAAAUUUUAAUAAUUGUUCAGUAAAUGAAGAUGGAAGGAAAUUAAAAUAGUAUAUUUUUAUACCCCCGUUCCGAAGGAGAGGGGGUAUACUGUUUUACCCUUGUGUGUCUGUCUGUCCGUCCGUCCGUCCGUCUGUCCGUCUGUCUGUCCGUCCGUAACAAAAAUUUCUGUCGCAUUUAUCUCAGCAACUAUUUAUCGCAGAUGCUUGAAAUUUUUACACAGUGUUUGUUAAGGCAUGCCAUAUCGUGGGAUAUAUUUUUGUACCAAUCGGACGUCAACUUCCUGUUAAAUGACGACUUUGCUUACUUUUUAACUAAAAUUUUCAAACAAAUUUUCGUCAAAGAUUUCUCAGCAACUAUCUAUCACAGAUGCUUGAAAUUUUUACACAAUAUUUGUAUAGGCAUGCCAUAUUGUGGGAUAUAUUUUUGUACCAAUCAGACGUCAACUUCCUGUUAAAUGACGACUUUGUUUAUUUUUAGCAAAAAUUUUCAAACAAAUUUUUGUCAAAGAAUUCUCAGCAACUGUUUAUCGCAGAUGCUUGAAAUUUUUACACAGUAUUUGUAUAAGCAUGCUAUAUCAUGGGAUGUAUUUUUGUACCAAUUGGACGUCAACUUCCUGUGUAAUGAGUACUUUGUUUAUUUUUAGCCAAAAUUUUCAAACAAAUUUCCGUCAAAGAUUUCUCAGCAGCUAUUUAUCGCAGAUGCUUGAAAUUUUAACACACUAUUUGUUAUGGCAUGCCAUAUUGUGGGAUAUAUUUUUGUACCAAUCAGAUGUCAACUUCCUGUAAAAUGACGACUUUGUUUAUUUUUAGCCAAAAUUUUCAAACAAUUUUUUGUCAAAGAAUUCUCAGCAACUGUUUAUCGCAGAUGCUUGAAAUUUUUACACAGUAUUUGUAUAAGCAUGCUAUAUCGUGGGAUGUAUUUUUGUACCAAUUGGACGUCAACUUCCUGUGUAAUGAGUACUUUGUUUAUUUUUAGCCAAAAUUUUCAAACAAAUUUCCGUCAAAGAUUUCUCAGCAACUAUUUAUCGCAGAUGCUUGAAAUUUUAACACACUAUUUGUUUAGGCAUGCCAUAUUGUGGGAUAUAUUUCUGUAUCAAUCGGACGUCAACUUCCUGUUAAAUGACGACUUUGCUUAUUUUGCAUAUUCACAUCAGAGCGGGGGUAUCACUAGUGAGCAUUGGCUCACAGAUAUCUUGUUCUUUCUUUUUUACCAUCAUACAACUUGGCAUAGAAAUAGUAAUCAUUGUUUAGAAUCUAACAAGGACUAUAUCUUUGGCGGAUUAUUGGCGUAGGAAAAUAUCACAUGUUUCGAAAUUCAGAAUUGCUGUAGAUUAAUGAGUCUGUUUUAGCAUUUUUUAAAACAAUAACAUUUAUAAUGUUAGUUUUUUUUUUUACUAAAAUGUGAACUAAUAAUAUGAUACUUGGGUUUCAGAAUAUGUUUUUAAAAUAUGAUUUGCCAAUCAAAUUACAUUUUUAUAAGCUUUUUGUAGCGCCCAUUCUACAUUGAAUCAGUUUUUCUCUUAUUAAAUGGUCAAUAUAUUAGCUUUUCUGUCAGUUCAUAUCUUUAUAUAAAGUUUUCAUAAAUACAUAAAAAUCAGAAAUAUUUUAUUAUUGGAAGCUUAAAAAAAUAAUCAAAAUUUAAGAAAAUUAGAGGAAAUGCGGGCUAAGCAAUAUCAAUUUUAGUUUUUGAAAAUGUUGUGUUUGUUUGGGGUUUUUUUUGGGAGGGGGGAGGGGUGAAGGUGAUUUACUCUUGUAAAUUUUGUUUGUUUUGAUAUUGUACAUACUUUCUUCUAAGUCUAUUUGCAAUGUUAAGAUGAUUUAUUAUACCCCCGCAAACGAAGAUUAGGGGGGUAUAUUGGAUUCACCCUGUCCGUCUGUCUGUAGAGGCAACUUUGUCCCACCUAUAGAAUUUUUUACUACUGCAUGGAACAGUUUGAAAAUUUGUACAUAUAUUGAUCACCAUCUUAAGAUGUGCACCUGCAAUUUUUUUUAAGACCAUACAAGAUUUAAUGAUUCUAUGACAGUUUUCAUUUUCCUUAUUCUAUAUAUUGUACACUGAUGAUGAAAAGUAAGGGAGGUAAUCCUUACAGAUUUUGUUAAUUAAUAAAUAGUAUUAAAACACUCUAAAAUAUACCGUAUUAAUAUAAAAAUAUCCAGUUAGAGGUUUUAUUCUUUAUGCCUUAACGAAAUUUAUUUUUUAUAAGUAUUCUAUCAACUGACAAUGCCAACUUUUUGUUUGUCAAUGAUAAAUUCUUAGGAGCUAAUAAGAACAUCAAAGACAAGUGUGGCUCAUGAAUUCAUUUGUCCCAAGGGAGCCAUUAUCUGAGCCAUGGUUUAGAUGGAGCAUGUGUUUAGGGAAAAUUGAUAAUCUGUAAAAUGGGCGCUGGGUUUGGGGCUAUUUUAAAACUGUUUCCUGUAAACCAAAAGUUUCUAUCAUUAUAAGGAAAUAAAUAAUAUCAUUGUUAAUAAAGAAGUUAACUAUUUUUAGAAGUUGUUUAAAUUUAUUAGUCAAGUAAAUUGAUGAAGUGACCCUAUAGGGCAUUAAUUUAAAUAAAAAUUCAAAAUUACUGAUAUGAUUGUAGUGUUUUGGCAAUUUUAAAAUUGUUUGUAAUAUUAAAUUUUCGUUUUUACAUGGUAAUAAUGGUAAAUGUUUUGGGAGUUUAUUAAAUUUAACAAGCUCAUCGAGGAAAAUCAUAGUCCUAUGGGAUCAAUUUUCUGAUAUGGAGUUCCAUUGUACCAUAAGGAGAAAGUGAGGAAAAUUUGAAACAACUAAUUGCAUCUGUCAUGACUCUUAUUAGUAAGAUAUUCAAAGAUUUUUGAACAGAAGAGCCUUGCUUGGCUACUGGUAUUUCCAUUUGCUGCAAAGAGAGGGGUUAUUGUCAUUUUGUUGGUUUUUCUUUAAAACAAUUUAAUAAAAAGAAAUAUCAUCAGAUACAUAAAUUUGUAAAUGUUUUACUGUUAUACAUAUGUAUUUACAGUGAAAUUCUGACAAUUUUGAUUUUAAUUGUUCUUUGUUAACUAUUUUUUUUUAAUUCUAAAAUUUAUUUACUUGUAUGUGCUCCAAACCUCUAUUAUUCAAUUCAAUUAUUGUCUCAUUUGAAAUUAGCCUUGCUGGGGUAUUAGUCCCAUUAGGACAGUUCUAGUUUAUUUAAAUAUAUAUAGGCCAGGGAUGGGGUGGAUUACUUUCAAAAGACUUUUAGUAAUUGAUUAAAUUGCAAUAAAUUACUUUGGAUUUUAAAGGUAAUCAAUUACAAGCUGAUUACAUCCAAUUUAAAAAGUAAUUGAUUACAUAAGAUUAUUUUUCCUUGUUAUUAUGAUUACAUGUGAUUAAUUUAGAUUACAUAAGCAGUUUUUGGGUUGUUUUUUUUUGGGGGGGGGGGGGUUGUUUAGUUUUUUGUUAGUUGAAUGUUUAAUGUUUUGGAAAGAAAGAUGCAUUUUUGACAGGAGUAUUUAAAAUUAUGAUAUCAAGUUAUCAAUUUUUACAAGCUUUUUCAUUUCACCGUAUAAAUAUUUUUAGGAAUUGUGUGUAUGUGUGUGUCCAUUACCAUUUGAAAUGGUUUUUUCUAACCAUCUUUUUGAGUUGUGUAAAUACUGUAUUUUGCUCUUUGUACGAUCACAUAAUUAAAAAGAGAUAUGUUUACACAUAA